AUUAAUAAGGUUGCCUGAUUUUGAAUGAAAAAAUGUGUCAGCUGAGCGUUUGACAGUUGAUCUGAAUCUUCUUGGUGUUCUUCAAUGGCUGGAGUUUUAUCGGCUCUUAGACGUAUUUACCUCACUCUUUAUAAUUGGACUGUCUUUUUUGGAUGGUUGCAAGUAUUUUAUCUUGCUGUGAAAACUCUGAAAGAGUCUGGGCAUGAACAUGUCUAUGAUGCUGUCGAAAAGCCUCUUCUUUUAGCUCAAACCGCCGCCAUUUUAGAGAUACUUCAUGGUUUAGUGGGUUUGGUAAGAUCUCCAGUAUCAGCAACUCUUCCACAGAUAGGUUCAAGAUUAUAUGUAACUUGGGGUAUUCUAUGGAGUUUCCCUGAGCUCCGGUCUCAUAUUCUUGUUAGUUCACUGGUGAUUAGCUGGUCUAUAACGGAGAUCAUCCGAUAUUCAUUUUUUGGGACAAAAGAGGCAUUUGGUUCUGCACCUUCGUGGCUCUUGUGGCUAAGGUAUAGUACCUUCUUGUUGCUGUAUCCAAGUGGCAUCACAAGUGAAGUUGGUUUAAUAUACAGCGCUCUGCCUUACAUCAAGGAAUCUGGGAAGUAUUCUCUUAGGAUGCCAAACAAAUGGAACUACUCUUUCGAUUACUAUUAUGCAGGACUUGUUGCACUCGGUAUAUAUGUCCCAGGCAACCCCCACAUGUAUGGUUACAUGCUUGGACAGAGAAAGAAAGCUCUCUCCAAAUCGAAAAAGGAGUAGAUUCGAUCGAAAUGUAGCUGGUGGUGAUUGUAUUUGUGCUAGUGAUUUAAUCUGAAUCAAUGUAUUGUACUCUGUUCAAUUUAUUCUUAUUAAUUUAAACAAUAGAACAAUUUGCAUUUCUCUGCUCAAAA